GAAUCGAUUUUAGUGUCUGUUCGUUCAGUUCGGCAGUCAUCCCCAAGCUGGUUGCAACAAUGCUAUUUCGUUCAUUCUGCUAUAUUUUCAUUCUGGCUUUGUCCCGAGACGAAGUUACUAAAUCGAAUGCAUUGACACCCAGAAUCAUUAAUGGGCAAUAUGCCCAACUUGGAGAAUUUCCAUACCAGGUAUCCUUGCAAUAUAAUAAUCAACGUCAUUGCGGAGGAUCAAUUCUGAAUCCAAAAUAUGUUCUUACUGCCGCACACUGCCUCAAUAAGACAUUGCGAGAAUUUCCAUACAAAAUAAGAAUAUUAGCUGGUACUGUUAAACUAAGUCAACCUCAAUCGAUUCAUUACGUCGAGAAAAUCAUUUUGCAUCCUCAUUAUAUUAAAAGUACUUCUCAAAAUGACAUCGCUUUGAUAAAAGUAAAAAUUCCUUUCGUCUUCAGCAAGUUUAUCAACUUUAUUUCUCUUCCACAAUCUAAUACAAUCCUGCCUAUUUAUCAAUUAGUCACAGUUUGCGGUUGGGGUUUGAGUUAUUCAUCUUCUUCUGGUUACUAUAAACCUGAUCAUUUGCAAAAAGCUAAUCUUGUGGUACUAGAUGAAAAGGUUUGCAAGCAACUAUAUUCCAACGGUAAUUUUGGAAAAUAUAUGGACGACACGCAAUUUUGUCUUCACUAUCCAAAUGCUUGGAUAGGAACUUGUAGUGGUGACUCUGGAGGGGCCGUAACAGUGAAUGGAGUACUUGUUGGUGUUAAUUCAUGGGGUUCAGCGACUUUUUCAAAUUGUGGACGUCCUGGUUUUCCUGAUGUUUGCACUAAAGUCUCUAAAUAUUUGGACUGGAUUACUGCUAAUAUUAUUUAAUUGGUUUUACUUUAUAAUUAUAAUCAAUUUUAUCUAGCGUUUUCUGGUGUAUUUUGUUUCACAAAAUUAUCUUAUCACCUGUUACUAUAAUACUUAACUUUUUAUUUAAAUAUGUUUUACGACAUGAAUUUAUUUUA